AUGAGCUCUUUGAGAUUGUCUCUUCCUCGCUUCUCUCCCUUCCUGCGCAAGAGACCGUUCUCUAUACCUUCUCACGGGCCACCUUUACCGCCGGGCAUAUUGGUUGAUGAAGAGAUCUCGCCAUUCUACAAUUCGAAGUGCUUCUACCCAGCUAAGCCUGGGGAAGUACUCGCUGAUCGCUACCACAUUGUAGUCAAAGUCGGCUGGGGCGUGUCUUCAACCGUAUGGCUCGCGCGUGAUCUACAACGCCAUAUCGAAGAGCCGGAGACCAUCGUGGCACUGAAGAUCGCCAAUAACAAUGCGCACGAUGCCGGUCAUGAGCGCGAGGUUGAAGAGCAUAUUUCCACCGCAGACCCCUCACAUCGCGGCCGCUCACUAAUCCGCACAUUGCUCAACUCCUUCGAGGUCCAAGGCCCGGAAGGAUCUCACUCGUGUCUUGUGUACCCGCCGCUGAGGGAGCCCCUUUCGAGGUAUCAGCAGCACUUCGUUGAUGGGAGGAUGCCACUGCCCCUUAUCAAAACUUACAUCCGUACCCUGCUCAUGGGGCUUGAUUAUCUCCACCAAGAAUGCAGGGUAGUCCAUACAGAUCUAAAGCUUGAGAACAUCAUGGUCUCCUUCGAGAAUCGACCAUUGACUCGACAGGACGACCAGUAUACCAAUCCCGUAACGAUUUCGGCCCACUCAAAAGCCUCAGGAGUAUCCCCCCAGCUUGUCGACUUUGGCCUGGCCACCCGACUGGAGGAAGACGACGACUGGGGCAUCUGGCCAAUCCAGCCGGACCACUACCGAGCGCCCGAGGUGAUCCUGGGUAUUGGAUGGCAAAUGCCUGCCGAUAUUUGGAAUCUAGGUGUUCUGUUGUGGGAUCUUGUCGAAGGUAGGGAGCUGUUUCAGCAUAUCCACGACCAACACGGCCGCUAUGAUGCAAAACUGCACAUCGCGCAAAUGAUAGCCUUACUUGGUCCCCCGCCUCCCGAAAUCCUGCAGAGGUAUCAAUCCAUGCGCGAGUUUUCGUUACCAGGACCUGUCCGACGAGAAGACGGCAGAGUAUGCGAGAACGCGGAAGAGUACUUUUGUGGGCCGUUCUUUGACAAUGAUGGUCGCUUUCUCUACGAAGAUCUGAUUCCCGACCGGCGUCUCGGCGAUACGGUUUCCUUCCUCCAAGGAGAGGAGAGAGAGGCGUUUCUGGAUCUCGUCGGGAAAAUGCUUCUCUGGAAUCAUAAUUACCGACGACUGGCAGGCGAACUGGCGGGGCAUCCUUUUCUUUAA